AUGGACCUGAAAUAUGUGCCCAUAGAAAGGAAAGUAAUAUUAGCUUCCUACAUGCGUAGUGGAUCGAGUAUAACGGGCAAGAUUUUGGAACAGAACCAGGACACCUUCUAUGUGUUUGAACCACUUCUUUCAAACACCCUGGUAAAAACAAUACGAAUGCGGAUUUCGUCCCUCGAACCACUCCUAGAGAAGUAUCCCGAAUUGAAAAUAAUACAUUUGAUAAGAGAUCCACGAGCAAUCGUAUUGUCUAAGUCUAAUUUGGCACCGAAGCGAAAUGGGGAUGAAGUCCUUUCCAGGGAAAUAGAAAAGGCUUCAACGUUAUGUAAAGACAUGUUGAAUGAUCUGGAGGCCUCAGAACGGCUUGUGAAAAAAUACCCAGAACAAAGCUAG